AUGCUGUGGCUUUUACUUUUAAUCCUCUUAUCUUUUGUUUGGGGGAGUCUGGGAGAGACUGAAGACUUGGAUCAUCUCGGCACAUUAUCUUGUGGACUAAGAAGUUUUCAUCUUACACUCCCUCUUCUAAGUCAUUAUGGAAAUUACUCUGAACUGAUAGCUUGGGAUGACAAAGGUAUGCUGCAUGCUCUACAGAAUAAUUCAAUCUGUGGGACUUGGAUCACCUAUAACUCACUUGAGUCUAUCCAUCUUGAAGCUUCCUAUUCUGGAUGUUAUGUUACCAAAUGGGGGAGUAGGGCCAGAAUAGAGUGAGAUAACUAUUACAUCAUGCCUAUUGGAGUGUCAAGCUUAGAUGCUGAUGGAAAUAAGACUGUUCACAAGGUGAAGGUGCUCAAGUGUUCAUUCACUCUUGCAGCCAUGGAUGCUCCAGGUCUUGAUCUGUGUGAUGUCAAGAUUGAGGAUAAGAUGUCCUGUGCUAUUUCAUCCAUCCCCAAAGGAGACUGUGAGAACUUAGGCUGCUGCUAUAACUCUGAAGAUGAAAUAAAACCUUGCUACUAUGGCAACACAGUGACUGCCCAGUGUACUCCAGAUGGCCAAUUAUCUGUUGCUAUUUCUUAGAACAUGACUAAGCCAUCAUUGCUUUUGGACACAGUACACCUGGUUUCUGGACUGGAUGCGAAAUGUAAUCCCGUGGAGAAAACUAAUGCUUUUGUCCUGUUCCAGUUCCCACACUCUGCCUGUGGCACCAUCAUGCAGAUGAUUGGCAACCAGGCAAUUUAUAAGAAUACGCUAUUGGCAUCUAGGGAUGUGAGCAAUUGGACCCAUGGGUCAAUCACUAGAGAUAGCAUCUUCAGUCUUCAUAUCAGUUGUAACUACUUGAUGAGAGGUGAUGUUCUCCCAGCUAGUAUCCAGGUCUUCACCCUCCCUCCACCACUUCCUGAUACCAAGCCAGGGCGUAUAACCCUGGAACUGCAAAUUGCUAAAGAAGAGCACUAUAGUUCCUACUAUGUGGCCACUGACUACCCAGUGACAAGGCUACUUCGACAGCCAGUUUAUGUGGAGGUUCGGAUCCUACAUAGAACAGACCCAAACUUGGUUCUGCUCCUGCACCAUUGUUGGGCAACCUCAAUUGCCAAUCCUCUGCAUCCAGUACAAUGGCCCAUCUUAGUGAAGGGAUGUCCCUAUACAGGAGAUAACAACUAUUGGACAAAGAUGGUAUCCAUUCCAAGAACUUCAACAUCACUGUUUCUGUCUCAUUAUAAGCGUUUCAUCAUCCAUGCCUUUGCCUUUGUGGAUUCUGCUUUUAAGAAGGCACUCAUGGGACCGGUAUAUCUACAUUGCAGUGCCUCACUCUGCCUGCCUUCAGGGGCAGAUUCCUGCACAGUUACCUGCCCUGUGGGAACUAGAAAAAGGAGGAGCUCUGAGACUUCUUGGAAUGAGACUUCCAGCAAGGGGCCUAUAUUUUUUCUUCAAACUGCUGAGAGUUCUUCACCAUCAGGUUCAGUCCUGGAUAAAAGAGCAAUCUGGCCUACCAUAUCUGCACUACUAAUUGUGGUAGUCUUGUUGCUCACCUUCCUAGCACUGAGGAGACUGAAAUAAAAUAUUCUAGCAAU